AUGCUUAGAUUCGGGAGAUGGCGGAUAAAAAAUAAAUUGGACGAGGGUGGUUUUGGGAAAGUUUAUCGUGUAGAGCAUAUAAAUUUUCCGCAUCAAUAUGCGGCAUUGAAGGCCGAAUCAAAUGAUAUUGAAGGAGGAUCAGCAAUUAAACUCGAAGUGGUUUUCAUUAAUUAUGCUCUGUUUCAGAUUAUGAUAAUAAACUUUUUAAACCGUGAUGGAGAAAAGUCACACGUGAUGAAACUUUAUCAUGCUGCAAAACAUAAACGGUUUUCGUAUAUGAUUGUUACAUUACUUGGCGAAAACCUUCGAACACUCAAACUAAUUUGCCCAGAGGAACGCAUAUCGGUGCGAACGUGGUCGAGAAUUGGUGUACAGUGCUUGUACAGCAUAAAACUGCUGCAUGAUGUUGGCUUUAUCCACCGUGACAUUAAACCUGCAAACUUUGUGAUGGGUCAUGAACAAGACGUAGAACGUGCAAGAUGUGUGCAUAUUUUAGAUUUUGGAUUGGCCCGAAACUACGCAUUUGAAAAACAUCGAGGCAGCUGGAUUGCACGGAGGGCUCGACGUUCCGCAGAAUUUCGUGGCACGUUGCGAUACUGCUCUCCAUCAGUACACGAGAGAAAAGAACAAGGUCGAAAAGACGAUAUCUGGUCAUUGAUGUAUUUACUUAUAGAAAUGCAUUGUGGUUUACCUUGGCAGUAUGAAAAAGAUAAGGACCAAUUGGAGAUUAAUAAAAUGAAUAUAAGCGAUAAGGAUUUACUUCGUCAUUUUCCAAUAGAAAUGCAUCCAGUGAUUCCUCACUUGCGAAGCUUAAAUUGUUAUAACCGUCCAAAUUAUGCAAUGAUUCAUAAAUGUUUCCUGAAAUUAAUAAAACGAUUAAAAGUGAGCUAUGAUGAUCGUUACGAUUGGGAAACAGAUUUACAAGUUAACUACGUGGUUAAUUUUCAACUUUUUUUCUUGCUUCGAAAUUCACUAUAA